UUUUGAAGGGCAUUCCGUUGCCAGAGCGUGUGGGAGGAGAGAGCGAGCCGGGGAAAGAGCGCUCCAGGUGUUUGGCAGGAUUUGCCUCAAAGGGCACUCCACAAAUUGGACUGAGAAAUCCCAAGGAAGCUGCCUGAAUCUCCUUGUAUAUUCUUACUCAACAUCGUGUAAAAGACCAGACAAAUCAAAUUGGUGGUUUUUGGUUUCCCCCGGGCUGUGGAUGCCUUUGACAUUAUGACCGCAGAGGAUUCCACCGCAGCCAUGAGCAGCGAGUCGGCCCCUGGGUCCUCCGCCAAGGUGCCCGAGGGCGUGGCGGGCGCGCCCAACGAGGCGGCGCUUCUGGCGCUGAUGGAGCGCACGGGCUACAGCAUGGUGCAGGAGAACGGGCAGCGCAAGUACGGCGGCCCGCCGCCCGGCUGGGAAGGCCCGCACCCGCAGCGCGGCUGCGAGGUCUUCGUGGGCAAGAUCCCACGCGACGUGUACGAGGACGAGCUGGUGCCCGUGUUUGAGGCGGUGGGCCGCAUCUACGAGCUGCGCCUCAUGAUGGACUUCGACGGCAAGAACCGCGGCUACGCCUUCGUCAUGUACUGCCACAAGCACGAGGCCAAGCGCGCCGUGCGUGAGCUCAACAACUACGAGAUCCGCCCCGGCCGCCUGCUCGGCGUGUGCUGCAGCGUAGACAACUGCCGCCUCUUCAUCGGCGGCAUCCCCAAGAUGAAGAAGCGCGAGGAGAUCCUGGAGGAGAUCGCCAAGGUCACGGAGGGCGUGCUCGACGUGAUCGUCUACGCCAGCGCGGCCGACAAGAUGAAGAACCGCGGCUUCGCCUUCGUCGAGUACGAGAGCCACCGCGCCGCCGCCAUGGCGCGCCGCAAGCUCAUGCCCGGCCGCAUCCAGCUUUGGGGCCACCAGAUCGCCGUGGACUGGGCCGAGCCCGAGAUCGACGUGGACGAGGACGUGAUGGAGACCGUGAAGAUCCUCUACGUGCGGAACCUCAUGAUCGAGACCACCGAGGACACCAUCAAGAAGAGCUUCGGCCAGUUCAACCCGGGCUGCGUGGAGCGCGUCAAGAAGAUCCGCGACUAUGCCUUCGUGCACUUUGCCAGCCGCGAGGACGCCGUGCAUGCCAUGAACAACCUCAACGGCACCGAGCUGGAGGGCUCGUGCCUCGAGGUGACGCUGGCCAAGCCCGUGGACAAGGAGCAGUACUCCCGCUACCAGAAGGCGGCCAAGGGCGGCGGCGCGGCCGAGGCGGCAAUGGUGCAGCAGCCCAGCUACGUGUACUCCUGCGACCCCUACACGCUGGCCUACUAUGGCUACCCCUACAACGCACUCAUUGGGCCCAACAGGGACUACUUCGUGAAAGCAGGCAGCAUAAGAGGCCGGGGUCGAGGUGCAGCUGGCAACAGAGCCCCAGGGCCCAGGGGUUCCUACCUUGGGGGAUAUUCUGCUGGCCGUGGUAUAUAUAGCCGAUAUCAUGAAGGAAAAGGAAAACAACAAGAAAAAGGAUAUGAACUUGUACCGAAUUUGGAAAUCUCUGCCGUCAAUCCAGUUGCCAUUAAACCUGGUACAGUGGCCAUCCCUGCCAUCGGGGCCCAGUAUUCCAUGUUUCAGGCAGCUCCGGCUCCUAAAAUGAUUGAAGAUGGUAAAAUCCACACAAUGGAGCACAUGAUCAGCCCCAUCGCUGUGCAGCCAGACCCAGCCGCCGCGGCCGCGGCCGCCGCCGUCAUCCCUGCCGUGUCCACGCCACCACCUUUCCAGGGCCGCCCAAUAACUCCAGUGUACACGGUGGCUCCGAACGUUCAGAGAAUUCCCGCUGCCGGGAUCUACGGGGCCAGUUAUGUGCCAUUUGCUGCUCCGACCACAGCUACGAUCGCCACGCUGCAGAAGAACGCGGCGGCCGCCGUCUACAGCGGGUACGCAGGCUACAUACCUCAGGCCUUCCCCGCCGCUGCUAUCCAGGUGCCCAUCCACGACGUCUACCAGACCUACUGAGAUCCACCCACCAUGACCACUGAAGGAACACUUUACUAUUUAUGAAGAAAGAACGUGUUGGGUUAGCACACACGAAACCCGAACGUGAAGAAUGUUAUCAGAUACCAACCAUACUGGAAUAUUUUAUAUACAUGAAGUUUUCACUAGUUUUUUAAGACUGUUUUCAAUUUAGCAGACCUGUGUUCGUACAUUUCUAAGAGGCUUGCAAUGGUUUGUGCCUUAAACACCAUCUCUUAAAAACUUGUACGCUGUAGUACAUUUGUAUAGAGGUUUUCGUUUUUGUAUUUUUAAGGAUAUAUUUUCAGUAUGAAGGUUAUUUUCUUAACUUCUGCACUCCAGAGAUUUCUAUUUUGUAGUACCUUCAAUAGUGAAUAUAUCAACUAUAUAUUAAAAAGCACACUUGAGCAGCUAGGGAACUAUUUUGAAAAAUAUAUUCAAUAUUUAAAGAUACAAACAAUAGUGCUUUAAAAAUACUACAUAAGACGUUAUUUUAAAAGUUAUACUGGAAAGUGCAAUUUUAAAAUGAGUGAAACCUCUAUUUCUGCUGGAAUUAAAAGUUGACGGGUGUUACUAUG